AUGCCUGAGUGUGUCUCUGCCGCCCACAGGCUGGCUCCCACCAUGAGCGCCGAGCUCAACGUACCUGUGGACCCCUCCACUCCUGCCUGCUCGGAGCCCGGCCACAAGGGCAUGGAUUACCGGGACUGGGUCCGCCGCAGCUACCUGGAACUGGUCACCUCCAACCACCACUCUGUGCAGGCCCUCUCCUGGAGGAAGCUCUACCUGAGCAGGGCCAAGUUGAAGGCCUCCAGCCGGACGUCCGCCCUCCUCUCGGGCUUUGCCAUGGUGGCCAUGGUGGAGGUGCAGCUGGAGACUCAGUACCAGUACCCGCGGCCGCUGCUCAUCGCCUUCAGCGCGUGCACCACGGUGCUGGUGGCCGUGCACCUGUUCGCGCUGCUCAUCAGCACGUGCAUCCUGCCCAACGUGGAGGCUGUGAGCAACAUCCACAACCUCAACUCCAUCAGCGAGUCUCCGCACGAGCGCAUGCACCCCUACAUCGAGCUGGCCUGGGGCUUCUCCACCGUGCUGGGCAUCCUGCUCUUCCUGGCCGAGGUGGUACUGCUCUGCUGGAUCAAAUUCCUGCCCGUGGACGCGCGCCACCAGCCUGGCCCCCUACCUGGCCCCGGGGGCCACACGGGCUGGCAGGCCGCCCUGGUGUCCACCAUCAUCAUGGUGCCCGUGGGCCUCAUCUUCGUGGUCUUCACCAUCCACUUCUACCGCUCGCUGGUGCGCCACAAAACCGAGCGGCACAAUCGCGAGAUCGAGGAGCUGCACAAGCUCAAAGUGCAGCUGGAUGGGCACGAGCGCAGCCUGCAGGUGGUGUGAGCGUGCGCGCUCCUGGGCAGGACCGAUGCCGUGUGUCCGCGGCUGCAUCCGCGUCAGCUCAGCGUCCACGCCUCGCGUCGGGAGGGAACAGAACUCGUUUGCGGUAUGGGGAAUUUCAGAAAUGCAAAUUGCCAGCAAGGCUGCCGAGACACUGCCAGGUGGUUCAAGACCAAAGUUCUACUCCUGUCUUCAUGCUGUAAGACCUGGAUCGUUUUCCUUCAGAAGAUGGAAAUCUUCAGUUAAACGGGAGACUGAUGCUAAGAGCUCAGGGCAAAGAAAGGACGAGUCCUUGGCCCUGGGCACUUCCUGAGGCUGGAGGCCGGGCUCCGAGUAGCACCGGGUGGUCACGGGUCACCUCGGAGACCUGGAGCGAGCAGCCAGUGGGGGCCGGGAGCCUGGCAGGGACCUGGAGAGUCGGGGUAGCACCAUGGGUUCAGGGAAGGGAUUGCCCUGUGACUCCUGAGCUGGGCUGGUGGCAGCCGGGUGGCACGUCUGAUGGUACCACCCUGCCACGAUUAGACGGGGCACAGG